AUGUCAAAACUUGGUGGUCAGGAAAUUCUGCCAUUUCACGGCUGGUGGACGAGUGGAUCCAGCUCUACGCACUCGCAGGAAGCGAGCAACGACGAGCAAGUGGUGUAUCUGCCCGCGUUAGUACCGCGCGAGGCGCAGUCGACGGAAGACUCGUCGCAAGAUGUCGUCCCGCUGGCUUACAGUUUCAACGCGUUCGGGCGGAGCUUCGAUCUUCAGCUCAUACCCAACAGGCGGCUGGUAUCUCCACAAUUUCGGGUAUGGUCGGACCAUGGCCCGGAUGAACCUCUAUCCACCGUGGACUCCUCGUGCCACUUUCUGCACAGCGGACCUGAAGCAGUAGCCGCCUUUUCCGCAUGUAAAGACCAUGUACUUCACGGUCUUAUUAUGACCGAAAAUACAACAUAUGAAGUUCGCCCAUUAACAUCGAAGAUGGGCCGAUCAGAAAGCGGCAGAAUCCUUCACGGGCGAACAGCGCACAUCAUCCGCAGAGCUGCGCCACCGCCUUCGACCCUCGACGAUGACAGACCUCUGCUGCAUAAAGCGAGGAGACCAAGAUACCACCCCGCAAAACCUGCACCAUCAUCCUAUACUAUUGAGAUAGCGUUGUUCUUGGAUGAGGCAGCGUACAAAUUAUUUCAUCCGCACCUCAAUUAUAAAGAAGCAGAUCUGCGGGAUAUGCUACUAGCGUAUAUUAAUGGUGUCCAGGCUCUGUUUCAUCACUCAUCUCUGGGAACACGAGUUCAGCUGUCUCUCGUGCGGCUCACUCUACUGCGCAAGCAGCCAUCUACCCUCACCACGCAAGCAGAACGCGGGCGGCUAUUGGACUCCUUCUGCGCGUAUCAGCGCUCACUCAACGUAGAUGAAGAUGAAGAUCCAGAGCACUGGGAUAUGGCAUUACUUCUAUCAGGUUUGGACUUCUAUUCAGAAGAGAAUGGUCGUCGAAACGGGGUAACGAUGGGCUUAGCGCCGGUAGGCGGCGUGUGUCUGCCCGCCCACGCCUGCGUGGUUUCCGAAUUUGGCACCUCCGACACCCUUGGCCGGCCCUACCCUUCAGCUGGAUUCACCUCCGUCUACAUCCUCGCUCACGAGAUUGGACACAAUUUGGGCAUGCAUCACGAUGGCACGGGCAAUUCGUGCGCACGCGAUGGUUUCAUCAUGUCACCUUCCCGCGGAACAAAUGGUGAAGCUACCUGGUCACAUUGCAGCGCUCGAAUUGUUGCCGACUUACAAUGGGCUACUUGUCUUUUCGACGGAGGUGACGACUUAGAUACACCGCAAGAACUACAGCACGAGAAAUUCGGAGAUACUCCUGGGAUCAUUUGGGGAGCGAAAAAGCAAUGUGAGAUUCUUCUGCGAGACAAGGAUGCAGCACCAGCUCAAGCGCCGGGUUCAGGUGGCGACGCGUCACAAUGCAUCCAGCUUGCAUGCCGCUCGCCACACCGUGCGGGCUUCUACUACGCAGGACCCGCCUUGCCUGGCACUCCCUGUGGAAAAGGAAAGUGGUGUCAGGGUGGAGAUUGCGUGACAGCAUACCCUUCAACCGUGACGAGCUCCACACCUACUCAUGGUGGUGGCAACACAUGGAGUGAAUGGACUUCAGACACGUGCAGGUCUGGUUGCACGAUCAAGAGUCGGGGUGCAAGGGAGCGGAGACGAUCGUGUCCUGAAAAUGCCGUGUGUGAUGGCUCCUCUUAUGACGUCAUGUUGUGUGAUGACUCCAAGGUUUGCGGAAAGAAGAAGCGAGUGGGCGCCAACGAGAUGGCGGCGCGAAAGUGCACGGAAUACGCGACUCGCCUGCCCGAGCUGGACCCACGAGGGGGGGGACUGCAGGCGCCGCACGACCCCACUCGUAUGUGGAUGGGUUGUGCAAUAUUCUGUCGGCGCGCGGCGGGCGGAGGUUUCUACGCGCCCCGAGUCGAACUCAACGACGUGGGUUUGGACCCCUACUUCCCCGACGGCACGUGGUGUCAUCACGACGGUUCCAGUCAUUACUACUGCUUGCAACAUCACUGUUUACCUGAGAAUUUCAAGAUGUCACCGCAGUUCCACAUCUGGGAUCUACCAAGCGAAGACUUUGGAGGCGCAUUUAACGCGCGGGCCAGGGCAGCUCCUGAUGACUCGGCAGUCGCUCUUCGUGCUUAUCUCUCCUUAGACAACGCUGGCUUACCCUUCGCCCGUGCUGUGGGACCGCCUCAUAUACCAGAUGAGCCUGAGAGCAACUGGGAAGUCCUUGACUACGUCGAGAUCACGAGGAACAAAACUUCAAGUUAAUUAACACCUGGACCGAGCAUUUACGACCACUGAAAUGUCAAAGAUCAUGGGACCAAGGUUUAAAAAGGGUAUUUUUUCGUAUAUUUUAAGGACAAGAUUAAAAAUAGCGAUUGUUCGAAUAAAGUCCGCUUUAACUUUAUAAAUAUUUAAGAGAGGUAUCCGGGAUUGAAUUCUAUUAACCGGUUGAUGAGUGGUUUUCUUGUGUGAAAGUUGAUUGGGUUCAUUGACCGCUUGUGUUUUAUCGCACGGGUAUUGUAAAAUCCGGCUUAAAAGAGGUUUGGUAUAUCAUUCUCAAAUCGGUUUAAUCUAAAUAAAUAUCGGUUGGAUUCCUGUUCCUAGCACUGCAUACGACUAAAUUUCGCAACCUGCCUUCCUUCUACUCGUUCUUCCUACUUCUACGAUUCGUCAACACUUAGCGGUGUGCACAUGGUGUUUCAACGAUAGCAUAAACGCAUCAACGAUAGCAUAUCUAUUCUAUCCAGUAUCGCAGGAAUGUAGUGUUCUGUGGCCUGGCAAUUGAUACGUGCGUAAAAGCACAGCGUAUCCCGAAGUAGUUUUGGAGUAUAAUUUUCUAUUAUAUACCUAUUCCAUCUAAAUGUUUAAUGCCUAACACAAAUAGUCCAACACCCUACUCACACAACGGACCACACAAUGUGUUUUGUCAAAUUCAACAAGCGUUUUCACAAUAAAAUAAGUAUUUAUAAAGUACCUACGUAGGUUAGUGAAAAAGUUUUUGAACAAUAAUAAGCGUUAUAACAAGGUAUCCGCUUAUAUUAAACAAAGGUCUAAUCGA